AUGGCUGUCUACUGCUGGGGUAAUACAACCCACGGUGAGCUCGGUCUCGGUGGGAUUGAGGAGGAACAGGUAUUAGUCCCACGAAAGAUGGAGUGGUCACACGCGGAAGAUGUGACCCAGGCGGCCUGCGGAACCACACACACGCUGUUCCUCACGAAAGAGGGCAAAAUGUACGCCUGCGGGAACAAUGACCACGGUCAGCUUGGCCACGAUACGGACACGCUACCGAACAAAAGGCCACGUAUGUCCAGAUUUAAACUGUUGGCAUCGCUGGAGAAUUAUAUCAUAACGCGUAUCAGCUGUGGGACGGCCCACUCGCUCGCCCUAACGAACUGGGGUCAGGUGUUCAGCUGGGGCUCAAAUGCAGUCGGUCAGCUGGGACACGAUACGGAAAAUGGACGUCAGCCAACACCACGCAUGAUAAAGGCGAUCGGUGCAAAGCACAUCGUGCAGAUCGCUUCCGGCCAUUACCAUUGCCUUGCGCUAACAAACAAUGGCGAACUGUAUGGUUGGGGUUCGAACUCCUACGGACAGCUUGGCAUUGGUACCACGAAUGAGAAGGUUCCUAUGCCCACGUUGGUAAAAUCGUUGACCGGUGUACCGAUUGCUUUUAUCGCCUGUGGUGGAAAUCAUAGUUUUGCUGUAUCCAAAUCGGGUGCAAUUUUCGGCUGGGGUAAAAACACUUUCGGCCAGCUCGGACUGAACGACCUAAAUUCGCGCUGCUAUCCGACACAGUUGCGUACCCUUCGCAGCUUGGGCGUCCGUUACAUCAGCUGUGGUGAUGAUUUUUCCGUAUUUCUCACCAACGAAGGAGGUGUGUUUACAUGUGGUGCAGGAACGUUCGGCCAACUGGGACAUGGUAGCUGUAGCAACGAGAUACUGCCCCGGAAGGUGUUUGAGCUGAUGGGCAGUAAAAUAACGCAGAUUGCAUGCGGCCGAAGACAUACGCUGGCGUUUGUGCCUUCCCGUGGGAAGAUAUACGGAUUCGGGCUUAGCGGUGUCGGUCAGCUAGGGAUAGGAAUGUUAGGCAACUUUAACACUCCACAGAUUGUUCGUGGACCAUGGUUCAAAACAGAAUUUGAACCGUCAGGCUGUGAUGAAACCCAAAUAACUGUUAGCCGCAUAUUUUCCGGUGGCGAUCAGUGCUUUGUUUCGGCGUUGGGGAACGACGAUCCUGCCGAUUUCCGUGUUUAUGACAAGAGCACGCAGAUUCUUUCCUUGUCGCCAGAAAUCGGACGGGAGUUAGCAAACAUUGAACCAGAACAAACGGUCGAGCUCGAUCUGAUGUCGUCGGUGGAGACGAUCUUCAAAUCGUUGGCUUGUAUGAACGGUUCACUACUGAUGCCAAACGAGCAACACUUUUGCUGCACUUCGAAACACCCGGGCGUGGAUAUGGACGCGGCAGAGGAAACGUUCGAUGAGAUACGGAAGAUUGAACGCGAAUCAAUCCGCCAGCUGAUUCGCGAUUCGAUCGAAUCAGACUUGCUCGGUGCCUUAACGCCUUCACCGGCCGACGUAGAAACGUUGCGGAUUUAUCUGGUGUUGCCACUGUACCAUGAGUUUAUCAACCCGAAACACUACCAAAAGCUCCACUCACCGUUCUGCCAAUCGGUGCUAAAGCUGGCGAAAAACGCGUAUGAAAUCGUGGUGAACUGGUGGGGUAACCAAUCGAAGGAAUACUUCGAGCGUAUGGUGGAAAAUUUUAAGAGCGUCAUCCUGUACAUGAUCAACUUUAAGCUCCCGCGUGUGGUUGGUACGACGAACAAGCAGGAGGUCCGGUACGAUCCGCAUCUGGCCGCCAUGCUGGACAUAAUAGCGGUGCUGUACUGGAUCAAUCACCACAAGCGCACGCAGAAGCUACCGUACGAGCAGUUCCACAUCAACGAGAUUGACGAUCUGGUCGACAUCCGGCAGGACUACAUGCGGUGGACGACGGACACGAACGGGGUAACGUUUUCGCUCUGUAACUAUCCGUUCAUCUUCAAUGCCGCUGCCAAGAUGUUGCUGCUACAGACUGAUCAGAUGCUGCAAAUGUACCAAGCGAUGCAGAGUGCUGCGACGGUUAAUCUGCUGUCGAUGCUGUGUUCUCCGAUGCCCAGUUCCGCCUCGCAGUACAUUGUGCUGAACGUGACGCGCGAAAAUAUUGUACAGGAUACGAUCCGCGAGCUGUCGCACUAUGCGGCGAGCGAUCUGAAGAAACCGAUCAAGAUAAAGUUCUGCGGUGAGGAGGCGGAAGAUGCGGGGGGUGUGCGGAAGGAGUUUUUCAUGCUGCUGCUGCGGGACAUUCUCGAUCCGAAGUACGGUAUGUUUAAAUCGUUCGACGAUUCACGCACGAUCUGGUUUACGGAGGAUUACUUCGAUAACGAUGAUAGCAUGUUCGCCCUGAUCGGCAUACUGUGCGGGCUGGCGAUCUAUAACUUCACGAUCAUCGCCCUACCGUUUCCGCUCGCGCUGUACAAGAAGCUGUUGGGUGAGGAGGUUGACAUGAAGGAUCUGCAAGAUUUAGCCCCGAUGGUGGCAAACUCGAUGCAAAACAUACUGGAUUACGAUGGGGCGGAUCUGGAGGAGGUGUUCGGUCUGUCCUUUACCAUCACGCGGGACUAUUUCGGAGAAAUUCAGACCAUUCCGCUAAAACCGGACGGCGAAAACAUUCGAUUAACGCAAUCGAACAAACAAGAGUUCGUCCAGCUGUACAUUGACUACGUGUUCAACAAAUCGGUGGAGAAGUCAUUCCGAUCGUUUCACGCCGGCUUUAUGCGCGUGUGCGGUGGUCGCGUGCUGAAGCUAUUCAAAGCAUACGAGCUGAUGUCGGUGGUGGUAGGAAAUGAAGAGUACGAUUGGGUAGCGUUAGAGGAAAAUGCCGAGUACAAGAACGGCUACAAGUGCAGUGAUCAGACGAUACGAUGGUUUUGGGAGGUAUUUCACGAGUUGCCACUGGAAGAGAAGAAAAAGUUUCUACUUUUCCUUACCGGCUGUGAUCGUAUACCGAUCAUGGGCAUGAAAGCGAUCAAGAUAUACAUUCAACCGACACCGGACGACAAGUUUCUGCCGGUGGCACACACCUGCUUUAAUCUGCUCGAUCUACCUCAGUACCAAACGAAGGAGAAGCUCAAGUACAAAUUGCAACAGGCAAUUCAACAAACUCAAGGCUUUAGCUUGGUGUGA